UUGGGAUCAUUUCCAAACUUGUCAAUUACCCGAUGAAGGCCAUACGCACACGAGAGAAAUUCAGUUCAGCUCAGUUCUUUACUGAGCCUCUAGCAGCAGAGCCCAGAUUAAAACAUACGUUACUACAAUAACCCACAAUGGUUGGAAUGUGUCACAAAGGGGAUGAACUUGGCUUCCUGAAAUCUACCUUGCCUUGACUCUUAGAACCUGGAGAUGAAAGAUUCACAUCUCCUCUUGAAACUCUCCUGACUUGUCUUCCGUGAGGGCACAGGCUCCCGGCUGACACCAUGGAUGAAGCUGCGUGGUGGUUUCCUCGUGCCUCCCCGGGAGCGCUGAAGUAGGAUGCACGUGUGUGUCUCCAUCUGGACGCUCCCACCGAUGACUUCCCUCCUCUGCUUACUCAUCCUGUCCAGCCUGGCAGCCUCCACCACACUGGGUUUGGAGGGUGUUUUCUUCGGUCCCCGGGACCAAACAGUUGGCGAGGGAGAGGGAGUCUUCUUCCAGUGUGUGUCCGGGGAAAGUUCACCUCCUGCCAGCGUCACCUGGCUCAAAGAUGGAGAGGUGGUCACACGAGGGAGACAGAUUCAGGGUGAGUAUGGAGGUGGUCACCAGAAGAAAACGUCAGGCACGCUGCAUCUCUUCAAUGUAACACUGGAGGAUGAUGGGAUGUACAUUUGUGUCACACACAAUCCUUCACUGAACAUCAGCAGCAAGAGCAAAGCAGCCAAGCUGACUGUGCAGGGGGUUCCCAGACGGCUGGAGCUCAUCCAGGGCCCUGACAACAUCACUGUUGCUAUGGGAACAGCAAUCUCCAUGCACUGUGCUGUCCGUGGCUUCCCUGUUCCCAUGGUGCACUGGUUCAAAAACGGCUGCCACCUGACGAACAGCUCGGCCUCGUUCAGCCUGCAGAACAAUGGACAGCUGCUCACAUUCAGAAAUGUGACGAGGGAGGAUAUGGGCUCAUAUCACUGUGAGGCAUCCAACCGGGAAGAGACGGUCAAGUCGCAACCAGCCUUCUUACUUCCAGCGGAGAUGGACUGGAGUUUUGUGCAGCAGCCCAGGAACUUGACGGCGAAGAGAGGUGAGAACGCCACGGUGACCUGCAGACCCCCGCGCAGCCGACCUCUGGCCCAGGUGUCCUGGUUCAAAAACAACCGGCUUCUAACCCCCACAGCUCAUGUGACUGUGCUGCAGAGCGGAGACCUCUUCUUUCACAGUAUUCAAGAGUUUGACCGUGGGAGUUACUUCUGCAGGGCCUCCAACGUCCACCUUCAGAGAUUUCUCACCUCGCGACGAGCAACGCUGACUGUGCUGGCUCCUCCAUCAGUCAAACUGUGGCCCCAGCUGCUGACGGUGCCCGCGGGCGCUCGGGUGGUGCUGGAGUGUGAGGCGUCAGGUCACCCUUUACCCACCAUCAGCUGGAUCAAGAGAGGCCACUCCAAGCAGACCGGAGGCCGGGCUGCUUCAGGACGGAGAAAUGCCACUCUUCGCAUCCAGUCGGCCAGGAGCUUCGACGAGGGAGAGUACGUGUGCGAGGCCUCGAACACACUGGGCCAAAGCCGCAGCACAGCAAUUCUGAGCGUGGCUGUGAGCCCCAUCAUAGUGACCUUUGUAGGUCAGCUGAGUUGCGGGACGGGGACUUCAGUGGUCCUACCCUGCAGGGCUGUUGGACUUCUCCCCAUCACAUAUACCUGGACCAGAGGCAGAGCAGAGACACAGUCCCCCAUCGGUCCCACUGGAGACAUGCACAUUGGCGAAGAUGGAGCUCUGCAUAUUUCGAGUGUGCAGUGGGACGAUGGAGGGGAAUAUUACUGUACCGCCGAGAACCGAGCAGGGCGACAUCAGAGACGAACCGUCCUCUCUGUCACAGAUAAAGAUCGUCCACCUGACAGAGGCCAGCAGACAAGACCGUUUUUUCCGGCUAUCAUCAACACGACCAAGGCACUGCCACUUUCCAGUGACUCUUUGGCUGAGCAACAUCUCAAGACAACACAUCGUCCACCUGUACAGCCACAGCCUGAGAAGACCACAUGCUCUUCAUCGAUCUGUGAUGCUAUGACAAAUGCAGCUACCACAUUUUCAACAUUUUCAAGGGGAGCUGUGGCUAGGCUAAAGUUGUCACAGGGACCCUUUGGUCAUCCUUCACAGCACCACCUGAUUCAACCCACGACCGAUCCAGCCCAGCUGUUUGCCACACCAAUGCCCCAUCCACUUUUGCAACCUCCUCCACAUCCAAACGUCCAGCCAGUAGACGACCACAGCCAACCACCAGUGACUAGCGCUCCACUUUUAAUCUCAGAUAGUGAACCACCAGUAACACACAACCAGACACUGGUAGUUACCAGGAGCCGCCUGAUACCAGAAGUUUUGGGUACAACCCUUCAGUAUCCACUCACUGAAAGUCAAUCCCAUUUGGCAUCAUCGCGUACAAAAUCCGAUCAUCAAGUCAGUAACCAAUUGUUGACAGUGCCUGAUUCUCAGGGCUCUAAGAUCCGUCCUGGGUCUGUUGCCAGUCAAACCACAGAACCUGAUGUUGGGACACCCAUGACUCAACCACCGCUCCGUGUGAGUAGAUCAUUUGGCUUUGUCAAGUUGGACUCCUAUUUGUCGACCCCAACGCAUAGUCUUGUAACCCAAACUAUGACAAGCCAAUCACACCUAUCUCAAACUCAGUCACACCAGCUGGUUACUAAAAGUCAGUUGUACCAGUCGUACCCUGAGCAAACCUCAAACCUGGUUUCUCAAAAGAAGCUGGAAAACCCAGGUCACCCACAACUGAAGCCUUCACCGACAACCGCACAAAUACCUCCAACUUAUCCUCGACAAUCCUCUACUUUUAGUUUUCUACCCAAGUUUCAUUUAGAGCUAUCAACAGCCCAAACGUAUCUGCUUGCCACACAACCUCCACCUUCUUCAAUCAGCACACCUCAAAUAUACCAAGUUCACAGUCAACCUUCAACACCUAAACCAAGUCAAGCCACUUCUACAAUUCCUCAAACCCAACCUUGGCCAUCUCCACACCCACAGCCUUCAAUCUCAACCAUUCGCCCUGACAAUCAGACCUCUGGUCCUUCAACGCUGGACCCUGAGAUUACUGGCGUCCCUCAGUCAAACAAAUCUGACCAGGUACAACUAAAUGUUACUGAGCAAGGUGACUCAGCUCAGUCAGGUAAAUCAGCCAACGACACCGAGCUUACAGAGUGGCGGAAGAGGAACACCUCCCAAUCACCUAUGACCAGUAAUGAUCCCAGAGGGACUCAGCAGUCUCCUUCAUGGCUACCCGUGGUGGAGAAGCAUGACAUCCCUAUCGUUGUGGGCGUGGGUGUAUCUUUGGCGUUCAUCUUCAUCACUGUUACCUUCUAUUCAGUGGUCCAGAAGAAUGAACCUGUACCAACAAGCCGAGCAGCUCAGAGGAACGUGGGUGUACCCAUAAGACACGCUGAACGUCGAGCUGAAGGGCGUACAUACGAAAACAGAGCUUUUGAAGACGAUGACUGUGUGGCGGUGAUCGAGCAGAGUCCUAACACAUCGGACACCCGAGCCCGACCUCCAGGGCCCAGCCUGGUCACAGUGCAGAUGGAACCCACAUCUGAGGAUCUUCAAGAGGACACACAACCCGCUCUGGACAACCAUUCGGUCACCAUUGAAACUUAUCCUGAGUCCAUUCUUGACACAAAGAUUGAUCCCUCUCUGGAAGAGGAGAAUGGCUGCAGUUUGUCCCAGCCCAGCAUCCAGCUGCAGUGUGCUGAGGACUGGACCAGCAGCAGAGGAGACAACCACAGCCUGUGCCAGGACUCCUUGCCUCCUCCGUCAUCCUUACCUUCGCGGUCACCUUCCCCGUCUCCCCCGUCCAGACGAGACGAGGGCCUGCACUCCUCAUUCACCCUGCAAAGUCCCGAGCAAUGUGUAGCGCCGAUCCACCACAGCCUCAGCAUCUCACACGGCAACUCACCCCUGCUCCUGUCCCACCACGUCUCCCUGGGUCUCACUACGGUUGCUGUUGAUGUCCAUUUUUACCCAGCGCCCACUGCUUCGAUGGCAGUAGGAACAAGCACUCGUAUCAGUUCAGUCUCCACUUCCACGUCAGUGACUGCUCCGCUCUUCAGUCCUCCAUUAGUUAACAGUCGUGAGACUGACCAAUCGGCGGCCAGACCUCAUCAGUGUAAGCAGUAACAGAAUAAUGCAUCACAUGACCAACUAUUUACAACUGUAACGAUUCCACUAUAUCUACCAAUGAUGAGAAGCAUAAAUAGGUAUAAUUUGAGAAAAAGAAAAGUUUAAAUGAAUAUUUCAACACUUUGGUAAGUAUUCCUGCUUGCUCUCUUCAUGAGAAAUUCAUGAGGAUUAAUAUCUCUUACGCCUAAGAAAUGUGACAUAUUUGUGUGCAGCUUAGAUACAUGAUGCUUAAUGUGUCUUUCAUAGCUUUUUAGCACAGCACUUUUUUUUUAAAAUAUUACUCUGUCUACUGAUUACAUUCUUUGAUUUCAAAUACAGUCUUGCCAGGAAUAGUCUUGUUUUAUUGUUAUAAUUCUCCAUUUAGUUAAUGAGAGAUGAAAGAGAAAAUGUAUGUGUGUAGUAAUGAUUUUAUUAUUAUUU